AUGAAGCUUCAAGUAAGCCUGGACAAGAUGCGUUGUUGUUCGGUUCUCAUUGCGUUCUUGUUCUGCAUCGACCAUGUUGCAUGGUUGGAAGCCGCCGGUGUUCACAAUUGGUCAUCGAUAUUUAACAACAACCCGUCAAAGAACUGGGCCGUCCUUGUCGCUGGUACCGAGUCUUGGGUAAAUUAUCGACAUCAAGCGAACGUUUAUCACGCCUAUCGCGUCUUGCGUGCGAACAAGAUUCCAGCAAAGAAUAUAAUUACCUUCGCCUACGAUGAUAUUGCAAACAAUCCCAAAAAUCCGUUCAAAGGCAGAGUGUUCAAUGACUACGAGCUCGAAGAUAUUUACAAGGGUGUGGUCAUUGACUACCGUGGAAAACUCCAUGUCGCGGAAUUGAAGAAUAUCCUCACCGAAAUGUAUUCCAACAAACAUUAUAACAAAUUGGUGAUUUACUUGGAUGCUUGCUCCUCCGGUUCGCUGUUUCGUGAUCUUCUUCCUCCAAACGUGGGAAUCUACGCGGUAAAUUCAGCCAAAGAAAAUGAAGAAAGCUGGUCUAUGUUUUGUCAUAACAAACAAAUCGGUGUUUGUCUGGCGACCGAAUUCUCGUAUGCCUGGAUUACGGAUUCGGAAUUUAAUGACUUGAAAAAGCGUACACUGGAUCAACAGUACGAGGAGGUGAAAAAGAGAACAAAAGAUAGUCAUGUGACGAGGUACGGUGAGAUGACGAUUGGCAGUCUCCCAGUUGGAAAGUUCCAAGGUCAUUAUGAUCUGUUCAGCGCAAUAUUCGAUACUUUGAAUUCUAUAUUGGAACAGUCAGUACCUACGCCAUUGAGAUUCAUCAUAGUACAAGUUUGUCCGUUUUACUUAGAAAAAUGGCCGAAUGUUGUAGAUAGAAGACCUUCCUCUCGGGUGCAUUUGUUCUCAAUGUCCCGAAGCCUGAUGGAGGCCACAACCGAGGAGGAACAUGAAACGGCUUGGCGAAAGCUGCACCGUGCACUUCAGCUUCGUCACAUCAUCAAAGAGACGAUUAACGACAUCAUGAUGGAUGUGAAAACCCACCAUAAGCUAACGGUAAAGCACUUGUCCAAGAGAGAUGAGCUCAUGUGCUUGAAGGAAGUAUUCGAUCAAUUCCGGGCUCACUGCUUCACAAUCCAUCAGGUCCCAGAGGUAGCUCAGUACACAACUCAUCUAAUGGAGCUGUGCAAAGCCGGAUACGAGACCAAAACCCUCAUCGAGUCUGUCCACAUCGUCUGCUCCUAACGGACACGCAACAUGUUGUGUGAUUCUGCCAGUAUAAAAUGAAUUGCAACUGGUCCG